AUGACUUAUGAAUUACUUAUUAUAGUGUCGGUGCCGCUCAGUAAUUUCACCAUGAUAACUCGGGAGUUACUGCGACUAUUUCUACUUAUAUCACCACUAAUUGCAAUCAUAAGCGCCUAUAGUCACGGCGCGCCCACUAAAUCCUGUCAAACCCUAUACCCUGGUCAUGGUGUAGACAAACAGUACGGACAGGCACCCUAUGAGAUACGGUCAUCCCUGGGCCCUAAUGGCAAUGUCGUGGUUACUAUUGAUGCAAAAGGUGGACUACCCUUUACGGGAUUUAUGCUACAGGCCCGGUAUGUCACCGACAGGGAGAAUAUUGUAAAUGGCAAAUUUAGCGAGGACAAAAACUCACAGACUAGAAAUUGUAAUGGCGAUAAUCCGUUACUAUUUGAAAGGGAUAGGGAUGUCGACCGAGGGGGUGGGAAUCUUCAAUAA